CGUGUCUUGAGACGGGCUAAACUCAACAGUUUUCGUCCCUCUUCCCUUACCGUAUGCUGUCGACUUCUCGUUUGAAGUCUCUCCAAAAUGAAAACUCCCACAAGAUGGCAGAAGCAGCAUUUAGUACCUUAGGAAAAAACACAGGGACCAAGGGCAUCUGUGAGAGGGAUGUGCCUCACAUUCGUCUGAUUGGGGAUGGCGACGUGGAGGAUAUCUACAUAUUUGGAAAGAAAUUGGGCCACGGAACUUAUGGGGUGGUGUAUGAGGCAACACAUAUUAGGACACAGACCAAGUGGGCCAUCAAGACGGUUUGCAAGGCAGAGCCGGGAAGUACAAAGAUCAAGAUGCUGGAGCAAGAAAUAAAAAUACUCAAGCAAGUGAACCACCCUCACAUAUUACGUCUGGUGGAGAUCUACGAAACAGCUCAGAUGACAUAUCUGAUCACCGAGCUGUGUGUGGGGGGUGAGUUGAAGCAGGUGUUGCACCAAAAACAGUUCUUUCCUGAGGAGGAGGCAAGACACAUCAUCGGCUGCUUAGCUGACGCCAUCACCUACCUUCACAAAAAAAAUAUCAUGCAUCGGGAUUUGAAACUUGAGAACAUUUUGGUGAAAAAUUCUCUUGAUGACUACAAAGGCAAGCUUGACAUUAAGGUUGCAGACUUCGGAUUAUCGGUGAAAACCUUGGGUGUUGGAAGUGAAAGCAUUCUGUCAGACGUUUGUGGGACACCCGUGUACAUGGCUCCUGAAAUGAUAAGCCAACGUGGUUACACACACUGGUGUGAUAUGUGGAGCGUAGGAGUCAUUAUGUAUAUUUUGCUGUGUGGGGAGCCUCCAUUUGUAUCCAAAUCAAAAGAAAACCGACUUAAGGAGAUUAGAACAAUAGGAGUCCAAUUUUCUUCAGCCAUCUGGGACACAGUCAGUGAUGCAGCAAAAACGGUAGUGACGUGCCUCCUGAAAGAAAACCCCGCUUACCGCAUGUCAGCUAAUCAGUUACGAGACAACCCGUGGGUUACAGGUGACACCAACACACCCGCGAUGCCUCUCAAUGCGCUGGAGAUGAUGCACAACUUCCAUGAACAGGAGAAGAGUACACAGGAGCCAAACAAAACCCUGGACCCCUUCCUUGUUCCCAGGGCAGCUUCACCAGUGUCACCAGAGCGCCAAAGCAAUGGUUUGAACCAUGAUGAUCUCUGCGCCUUUUUCUGCUCACCCUCCACAUCCAACAAACUGCCCAAAGAGACCAAAGAGGGCUGCGGCCAUCAACAGGACAAGGAGAAAAUGAUUGCCGGGACACUUAAGACCAAAAUACCACACCCUGGCGUGAAACCCCACCCAAGUUCACGUUCGCGCAAGUCUCAAUGCAAGACAAACGUCAACUCACCGAAGAAAACAGCCUCCCAUGAAAACGGACAGAGAUCUCCUCCAUCUCCUUUAAAAGUAUGACUGACUGUCAAAACAAGACUAAAGGCACAAAGAUGCCUCACGGGACAAAGAAGGACCUCAAAAACUAGAUUUAGUGUUUGAUGAAGAAAAGAUUUGAAAGAGAUUUCCUAUAUUUAAUAAUAAGGUCUUAGCAGGGAAGUGAAAAAAUAGUGCAAUGUGACAGUAAUGAGUAGAGACUGGUGAUGACAGUGACAAAUAAAUAGUACUAUGCACUCAGUGGACACUUUAUUAAGUACACCUGCUCAAAUUCUGCCUUUGUUGCAAAGAUUAAAAUGUUCUGUUUUGAAAAUGUCACUUUAAUGUUACUAUUGUUGUUUGUACAGGACAUUUUAUCUCAUACUAAGAGCUGUAAACAUUUCAGGUAUACCUAAUGAUGUGGCCGGUGUGUGCACUUUAUAACUCCCGGUAUGAAUCCAGAA